GUAUGAAAUUCAAACUUUCAAAAUGGAUGAAAGUUACUAUCUCGACAAUGGCCCAGGCUUGUGUAAGAUGAAGCGUGUCAUUGGCUACGCUGUAAGCCAAUCAGCGAAGACCAGUACGGCAGUAAGAGCAAACGAUCCACGCAUUGAAGUGGAAACAGCGUUAGCGCUAGACCGAGCGCCUCGCAUUCAAACCUAUAUCGCGCUGAAGCGCAAACUAAAAUGCGACGACGAAUGGCUUGCAGAUUUUCUUCACAAUCAUGGAUUGGGGAUACUGUUUAAAAGUUUGGACAAGUCUACAAGACAAAAGAGUGGGAGAUUUUACUGUGUGGUACUUCGAAUUGUGAUUGUUCAGUGUAUACGCGCAGUCAUGAGUUCGCAAACCAGCUUGGAUUAUAUCAUUGAAAACGAGGAGUUUAUACGCAAGUUCUCCACAGGUUUGGAUACGGGCGACAUUUCAGUGAGGAAACAGAUCUUUGAACUUCUGUCGGCAAUAUGUGUGUAUUCCAAGGAAGGCUACGCACGCGCACUCGCCGUGUUCGAACAGUACAAGACGAGCAAGAAGAAACGAUACCGUUUCUCCAUGGUGUUGGACGAACUGACCCGCACGGACAAUAUCCAUUACAAGGUCAUCCUGCUCGAGUUCAUCAACUGUGUCAUCAUAUACACAGAAGACGUCGGGGAUCGAAUCCGGAUCAGGAACGAAUUCUAUGGUCUCAAGCUUCAAGACGUCCUAAAUUCGCUCAGGAAGGAGGAGGAACAUGGCGUUACGUUACAGCUGCAGCUGUUUGAGGAACACAAGGCCAAUGAUGAUGAACUUCAUCCUGCCUCUAAGAACGUGGACCUCAGCUGUCCUAUGGACGUCUUUCACGCUAUCUACAAACAUGUGAGUCCUCUUCCCCAAGAGCUGAACUUCCUCACAUGCCUUCAGCAUCUCCUAAAGAUAGAUCCAAAUGAUCCCAUCAGCGACACAGUCUGGCAGACAGUGGAACAGUUGGUGUCCAAAGCCACGCUUAUAGAGAAUGCUUCGGAGGCUCAGAAACUGCUGGUGUCUACGUCUAGGAAACUGGACCGAUCCGGGGACCCUAAGUGUUGUUGUUCCUGUCACAAGGAGGGUGGGGAUGGUGGACACGGAAACCCAAAACAGAGGACUGGGAGGGGGUCAGCGCCAAGCACACCUGACGGGGAACGACCUCCACUUGGGUCACCCCCUGCUCCUCCUCCACCACCUCCUCCACCACCCCCUGCCUCCGUCCCUCCACCUCCUCCCCCUCCUCCACCACCAGGAGGACCACCUCCACCUCCACCCCCAGGAUGCCCUCCCCCUUCCCCACCUCCGGGUGGCGCACCCAAAGCACCGGCUUCUAACCUCCCACAGGUCAAUGUGCCCAAACCUAAGUCAAAGAUGAGGACGUUUCAAUGGCAUAAGAUUUCAAUGAACAAAGUGAUGGGCAAGAGUAACUUGUGGACGUUGGUUGGCAAACUGUUCAACAACUAUAAAGUGGACUAUCAUAAGAUGGAUGAGUUGUUCAGCGUUGCACAGCCCCGACCAGCCGCCCGAUCGGAUGCCCCGGGCACCCAAGAGAAGAAGAGAGAGAACUGUGAGAUCAACCUUCUGGACGGCAAACGAAGUCUCAACGUCAACAUUUUCUUGAAGCAAUUCAAGAUGCCGAAUGAAGAGAUAGUUCGUCUGUUGAGAGAAGGUAGCAGUGCAAAAUUCGGAGCUGAAAAGUUAAAGGGUCUGCAGAAGAUUCUCCCGCCAGUUGAUGAGAUUGAAGUCUUCCGAAGUUUCGAUGGCGACAAAGAGAAGCUAGGACAUGCUGAAAAGUUCUUCGUGUGCCUUCUCGGCUUGCCAAACUACAGGCUCCGCAUCGACGGGAUGCUGAUCAAGGAAGAGUUCCACGCCAACAUGGAAUGGAUAGGCCCUUCUGUGGAAGCCAUCAUCGCUGCUGCUAAAGAGAUCAAAGAGAGCCGGUCCCUACGUGAGCUGAUUUACCUGGUGUUGAUUGCUGGAAAUUACUUGAACGCGGGUAACCAUGCCGGCAACGCUGCCGGGUUUAAGCUGUCGUCACUGCUGAAGCUCACAGAGAUCAGAGCAAACAAACCUCGAAUGAAUUUGCUUCAUUAUGUCGCACAGGAAGCAGAGCAGAAGAACCCAAAGCUUCUGAACUUUCCAGAGGAGAUGACGUUCUUGAAGGAUGCUUCCAAUACUGCCAUGGACAGUCUAAUGUCAGACAUCAAGAGCAUCACCACCAAGGUCAAGGACAUAUCUGACCAGAUCAGCAAGACUGGCGAUGACUUCAAAUCCCAGAUGGCGUCUUUCCUAAUGGAAGCCAAUGAGGAGGUGCUGGAGCUGCAGGAAGACUUGAAGGACAUAGACGCUCUCCGUCUGGAGUUGGCCGACUUCUUCUGUGAAGAGGCAUCAAGCUUCAAACUGGAAGAUUGCUUCAAGACACUGCAGAUAUUUAUGGACAGAUUCAAGAAGGCUAUAGAGGAGAACAAAUCUCGACGUGUACAGGAGGAGAAGGCUGAAGCCAGGAGAAGGCAGAAGGAGUCGGAGAAUUCCAAGAAACUGGCUGAAAAACAAGCUGAAGGUUUGAAGGAACCAGGGGAUAUGUCAAUGGACCGAAGUUCCCCAACUAGUCCUGAGAACGGUUCCAUCGUGGACAUGCUGUUGGCUGAUGUGAGAUCCGGGGUGACCAACAAGAAAUACAACGAUGGAAGCUUCAGUGUGAAGAAGGUUCAGAAGGUGAAUCUGGACGUUGCUAGUGGCCUCAUCAGUGGGAUGGGUGAUGCUGCUCCGGCUGCUGACACUCCGUUUGUUCGGAAUGGUACUGGGAGGAGAAGCACGAGAAGAAGCAUGAGGAAGUCUGAGAAGCUGGAGGAUAAGAGUCUGGACACGACGGACACUGAGAGUACAUGCAGUAGCCUUGAGGAUGCCGUGCCAGACAUCCAGAAAACCAGAUCCAGGAAGAGCUAUGCUACUGAGGAUGACGCUUCCCUUAUAGAAUUCUUGAAUGAUAAUGUUGGUGAGGACAAGAAAGGACCAGAUCUUGCGUUUGAUCGGUAUGGUAGUUUGAGGCGGAAGAGGAAGGAUAGAAAAGGAUUGCUGGACAUAAUAGACAGGGAAAGAGCCCCUUCUCCUCGCGUAACAGAUCAACAGAGUCGUGCUUCACCAGAUCCUAGUUCUGCGAAGGAAGUGAAAGUUACAUCCGCUGAUCGUCCUUCUUCUGAGUCAUUACCAGGCGAUGCUCCAGUUCGUCCAUUCAGAAGGACCCGCAGCAUGUAUGACAAGACGACGUCAAGGCGUUAUAACAGUGACAGUGACAGUGUAGUGUCUACUUCUUCAGGGAAAGCUGACGAUGAUAGCAAGGAUGACGUUCUUGAAAGGGUUAAACGGAAAUUGUAUCAAAAAGGUAGAAGUGACAGUCCCGAUGUCACUAAGACGCCUCCUCCAUCAGAGGAUGUUGAAAAAAGAGCAAGGAAGCUCCCAGAUACUCCCAAGAAGCUUGAUAUUCCUUUAAAUUCAGGAUCUGAGUCUCCCAAGGCAAAUAAUAGAUGGCGGGUAAAUAUUUCUGGUCCAGAAUCGCCUCGACCUCUUGAAACCAUUGAUGAAAAAUCCAAACUUGUGACUCCUGUGAUCAGUGUGGGUAAUGAUACCAGCGUUAACGGAGAUACUAGAUCCGAUAUUACCGGUCUUGAAAAUGAUAAUAAUAACAGUGACUCGAAUGAGAAACUAGUUAAAACGCGGGAAAGACUUUUUAAGCGUUUCCAGAGCAGUUUGGAUCCUGCUGAAUUGGACAUAUUCCUAAGGUCUAUGAAAGAUCAUGAGAAAAGAUCUCGAGAUGAUUCUGAUUUGAAUAGUGGUAAACUGUCCAUCCGUGCUCAGAUCAGUCAGAAAAUGGGCACAGAUAUCGACCAUGUCUUGAAGAAGAUAGAAGACACCGACCGGGCUAUAGAUAGUGUUGGUGUUUCCCGGCCAAUGCAAAAGAGGCCUGUAAGUGCUGGACCUGAACUUAUGUCUAAAGACGAUAGCAGGUCUUCCACUCCCAAUUCUGAACUCCUUCUCAAAACCAAAAGAGAAACAAGAAAGAAACGGGCUCAUGUUUCCCUCGAUGAAGUACAGAGUGCUUUAAAACAGAAGCAAACUGAGCCAGAUACAAAGGUACAUUCACCAACAGAAGGGCCAGAACCUACCAAGAGUCCUGUUGUUCCCCCUAGACGAAAGUCCAUCGGAGAAGCUGAUGAAAGCAAGGUGAGCCCUGACAGAGAAAAGAAUGAGAAGUCUGGGAAACUGACAGGGAAGCAAAAGUUCAAUAGAGACCGGUUCGGUUCCAAGAAACCAGAAAGUGACUCAGCAAGUAGCAGAUGCAAGAGUAAUGUGGAGAAGGACUCUGUAGAUAAAGCCCUCAAGGAGCUAGAGGUUGGCAUGAGCCGGUCUAAAAGCUAUGAUGAAUCGGUUGCAAGAAAUGCGAUGAACCAAAAGGAUGAGUUCACGAUACGGAAUAGUGGUAGUGCCCCUGAUACCACUGACGAGAAACGUGCAAUACUCAGAGGGAGUGCUAGUCGACUGUCUAUGGAUCCUCGUCGGCAUGGUGUGUACGUUCCCAGCGAUGACAGUGACAAUGAAAUGAUGAAAAUACCAGAACGACGUCCUUCAUCCGCAAAGAGUGACAGCCCAAAAAGUCAGAGUCGUCUCUCCAUCAAAUCUACCAACACCUCAACUGAAACACUGCAAGCUGAUAACCUGAGUGAUGGUGACUCCUCCCCAGAACAAAGGAGGAGAAGUGUGGGCAUGGAAGAGAAGACUCAGCGAGUAUCCCCAAUCUGUCAAAAUAAUUCCGAGCCUGGUUACUCGAAUGUAGACCCGUCUGUAGCUCGUCAUAACAUGAGGAAUCGUCAGUUUGAGCCUGAUGAUGAAAGUCCAUUAACAGCCAUGGCCAAGUGGCGCCAGAAGCGAAACGACAAGAGAAGGAUCAGUGGUUAUGAUAAUAUCACUGAUCAUGAUGGACACCUGAUGCCUCACAAUCGUUUACAUCAUCAUGACCAGGACCAGGAUCUCAAGAACGAAGUGGGUUCAAGAAGCAGCUAUGCCAGUAGUUACGCCAGUAGCAAUGAACGUGAUGAAGGAUUUGAAAGCAUGUCAGGAACUGUCUCACAGAGAACGUCUCUUAGUAGUAACGUAGACUCUGAAUUCCUAAGCACACCGAUUCUCUCAAGGAAAGCCGACUCACACAGAUACAGGGCUGCCAACAGCGACCUAAUAACCAAUGCAGCACUGCCUGAAGAAGACAGUCGUAAGCAAAGAACAGAGAGCUGGACAGCGUCCGUCAUGGCCAGCAGUCAAGGACAGAUCAGCAAGAACUCCUCUCUAGAUUCAUCAGUUGAGUAUUCAGCAACAUCUCCAGAUAGUGGUCAUGGCACUUCAAAGGAGGAAGUUUGGAGUGAAAAAGAGUCUGAAAUGAACAGUAAAACGACACCCGUCAAUUCAGUGAAAAGAGCAACUUCUCCAAAGACUUCCAGACCAUCUACGCCUAAAGAUACGCCUAAAACCCAAACAAAGGCAAAGACGGGUCGCUCAAUUCCUGGUUUUAUGAAAGGUACAGCUUGCGCCUCAGCAAGAGUUAGGGCCGACUCCACUGGCACUGAUAACGGCAGGGCUUCACCUUCACCUAGCACUCUGAGUCGCAACAUCUCUGCGCGAGCAUCCAUGCGGGCUGAAGCUGCUACACGGGCAUCUGCUUCCACAUCCUUCACCAGAAAUACAGCAGCAAGGACUUCCAUCCGUGGUACAAAGUCUCGUCUCUCCACCGGCUCUCCAGGUACAAAUCUGAACAAAUCUAAGGUGGGAGGUUCCAACACAAGCUUGUCUUCAUCAACAUCGACAACCAGUUCCCCGACCAAGACCAGGCUGAACAACACAUUGUCUCCAUCCUCCCGACCCACAACCCCAGCAGGUAGUUCCAGGCCUACUACUCCCUCCACUCUCAACAGAACCCAGUCCAUGAGGGUGACGUCUUCCAAAAGGAGUUCAUUAUUGGGGUCAACCUCAGCUGAAACCAAGAGGAGCUCAACUCCCGUGUCAUCUGAUGGAAAGAAGAAACCUUCAUUCAUGUCCCCUACUGCUUCAUCUAAAGCACAGAAGAACACAGACUCCCCAUCACCUUCCGCCCCUCCCAGGACCAAAAGACACGCCCCACCACCCCCAUCAGCAUCACGCGCCAUGUCCCCAGCAACAACAUCACCCCUCACUCGAACCUCCAGUCUGAGGCUCCCGUCAUCCAGAUCGUCCACGCCCAAGCCAUCGCACGCAGAAACUCCGGUGACAGAUCGGGAGAAGACUCAGUCGGAGAAGAAAGGAAGGCCUUUCCUCAACAAAAUCGGAAGUGUGAAAAAGUCUGAAUCUCCAGACAAAAGUACCAUGAACAAUUCACUUUCGACUGUGACUGAAAACGAUUCGGAAGGAAGUUCUAUGGACAAAUCCCCGUCCUUCCUGAAACGAAUUGGACUCAAUAAACCAAAAGAGCGCCUCUCCAUGAGAGGAACAACCUCCACAAAAACAGAUUCUCCAGAAAAGGCGUCAGUACGAAAGAAGGCCGUGAAAUAAGGCUUUAGUAAUGACUUAGAGACUUCCCCUGACGUCAGAUCCUGGCGCAUAUUAUUUAUGUGAUAACUGCGGCUGUGUACAUGAGUCUACAACUCAUAGUCUCUAGAGAUUGGGCUGGCCCAUUUCCUAUUGGUCUCAAUGUUUCUCGUGGUCUCACACCAUACAUGGCGAGGUGGCGAGUCAUUGGUGGAGAAAGUCACGUGAUUCUGUGAUAAGAGAAGCUGAACCAGUGCAUGAUGUGCGCGUGACGUUGAUGGUCCCAGCUGCGAGUGCGACGGACACAGGCAGAGGGACGAGACAGGACGAGAAGUGGGACGAGAGGUGGGAGGGUGACCUAGCCACCGGUUCCAUACCCGGUGCUAAUACAAAUAUAUAGUCCUUCACAGAGCUCUACAUGUCUCGGCUAAUGUAUUCAAUUAGCUAACUAUGUAAAUAGUGUACAUUGGGUUUAUACAAAACACAAUGCAACGAAAUGCUUCCAGCUGAUAACAGCACGUGUCUCUUGCCACGGAAACGACAACGUGCACGGCGGAUGUUGUAGUAGCGUAGAUCUGCGACGAUACGACGACGACGACAUCCGAAGCUGAUAAACGGGUAGCAAACGGAAUGCCGCAUUUAUUUAUGUCUGAUAAACAUUGACAACUACAGUAGAUAGAGCGUGUGCUAACCGACGCCGCCUGAUGCGAGAGUUAUUCUUAUACAGAAGUUCAAAUUACCUCGACUUUAACACUAUGACUCUAAUGGAUGCAUUUGAUAGAUGAAGGAAAUGACUUAAUGAUGUACAUGAUAUUAGUGUGAUGAACAUGUAUCGCCUUUCACCCAGAAAUGUAAGAUGAACGGCUUGGAUAUUGCAGAUACGGAAUACGUUCACCAACAUGCCUUAUUACGCUUACAAACGUCAAAUGACGUCUUCCUUAAUAGUGCCUUAAAGAUACCCCCACAAUCUUAGCGUGAGUUUAUAAACUCAUAAGUCUUUCAAAAUGUCAUCAUAUGUCAUCAUAUGUCACAUAUAUAUACCUAUCUAUCUAGACCUAUGUUAUUUAAUUUCAUACAAUGUACAAAUAAGACUAUGCAUGUUUUGUGCCUGUAUUGGUUUAUCAGUGAAAAAUGUAUAGUUUUUACUACGACUUUCGAUGACGUAAAAGUUACGUGGCAGCACGUCAUUGGCUAUUUUUCUACUGAUGAGAACUCCUUGUAACUUGUAUAUUCCAAAGUGCUGAACAUGGAAACACGUCCGACCCUGCGAGUGUUGCGGCGAGUUUAAAGUUUGUAUACUGUAGAUAUAGGAGACGACUCACUUAUAUUCAUUGUUUCAAUACUAAGCACACAUCGCCAUUUGGUCCUCCACAGCGUGUAUCAUAUGUUGUUAUAUUUUGUUAAUAAACCAAUCCCUUCAUCUGAA